ACAAACUAAAACACAUAUAUACAUACAUACAAUAAAAAAUAAAUUUAUAUUUGCUAAGUAAAUCCUUCAUCAUCAUGAACAACAAGGUCAUUCUUGCCCUCCUGUUUUGCUUCCUCCUCGUUGCAUCCAAUGAGAUGCAAGUUGGGGAAGCAAAAGUAUGCCAACGGCGCAGCAAGACAUGGUCUGGGCCUUGUAUUCACACUGACAAUUGCAACCGUCAAUGCAUGAAUCGAGAAGAUGCUCGCUCUGGAGCUUGUCACAAAAGUGGCUUUGGAGCUGCUUGCUUCUGCUACUUCAACUGCUAAAUGCAUGAAAAACCACCACCUAUUUCUAAUUAAGAGUGUGCUAUCAAAUAUGUUAACAGUACUGUUGUGUGUUGUGCUUGAAUAAUAAGGGCGUCCAAUUUACUAAAAUUGGAAGCACCCCUCAUUGUGUUGUAAUAAGGGCGUCCAAUUUACUAAAAUUGGAAGUACCCCUCGUUGUGUUGUCUGUCCAAUUUACAUAUUGUAUUGUAAUAAUAACUGUAUUAUUUUGAUGAAUAAUAUAAUAUUGUUUCUACCUCUUUA